CUGGCAAAUGCACUAGUAUGCACGCCAAAAGUGAAGAAAGAAGAAGAAGCCGCAGCUGUGAUGUGUCACCGUCACACCACAGAAUAAAUAACCAUAUUCUGUGGUCACACCAUAGAUCAUAGUUAGUUAUAGAUAAAAGUUUUACAUUGUUUUACAUGUUUGUGAGGUGAGUUUGUGUUUGUGUGGUGGUCAUAGAGAAAUAACAACGUGGUGGUAAACUAUUUCAACUUUUCUUUUGAUAUGAGGUUUUAACAUAAAGGAUUGUUAAAAAAUGGUGCAGACUUCAGGUGUGAAUAUGAAAUACCGAGAUUUACCUCAAGUUUUAAUACUCUUAAAUGAAAUGAAUGUUAGUGCUCAACAUGUAGCUGCUUUAGUAGACAGUAUGAUUCAAAAAGUAAGAAAAGGAGAAUUAACAACAGAUCAGGGUCUAAGUUUCUUAGAAAUGAAAUAUAACAUGUUGUUAACAUAUCUCAUCAAUCUAACUUAUGUAGUACUUAGAAAGUGUUGUGGAGAAAAAAUAGAAGGAGAUCCAUGUAUAGAUAGAUUAAUAGAAAUAAGAACCGUUUUAGAAAAAAUUAAACCUAUUGACCAGAGACUUAAAUAUCAAAUUGACAAAUUGGUAAAAACUGCCACUACAGGAAAAACUGCUGACGAUCCGACACACUAUAAGGCAAACCCUGACAAUUUGCUUGGAAAUUCUGACGAUUCUGAAAGUGUUGUUAGUGAAGUUGAAAAGGAAAGUAGAGACAGAAAAAGUGUUUAUGUUCCUCCAAAGUUAACUGCCUUAUAUUACACAGGUGAUGAAACUUCUCAACAAAGAGCAAAGACUCUUCAAGAGAGAUCAAAAAAAAAUGUUAUUUCCAGUGCUAUUAUGCAAGACCUUCGUGAAGAAUACCUUGAUACACCCUUAGAAGUUUCUCAGAGUAGUAGAGCUCAGCAAGUACUUUCAAAACAACAACAAGAGCGACAAGAGUACGAAGAGAAAUAUAUGACACGCUUAUCAGUGAGUAAAUCGGAGAAACAUAAAAAACAUCAGUUGACAACACUUGGAACAUUAGGAGAUGAAAUUACAAAUUUUGGACGGUCACAGAGAAACAAAAGAAAAAAGAAGUUUUCUAGUAAUAAAAAAGGCAACUUAAAGAAGAGACGUUUUCUUUAAAUAUGUAUUUAUGUUUCUCUUUUAUUAAAAACAUAUUGAUAUGGUAGUUACUGGAAUAAAAAAUAUGGAUCUUUUAAAAAAAAUAA